AUGUCUAAAAGAGGUCGUGAUGGUUCAUCGGGUGGUAAGUUCAGAAUCACGUUUGCUCUUCCCGUUGGAGCUGUUAUCAAUUGUGCGGAUAAUACGGGGGCCAAAAAUUUAUACAUCAUCUCUGUUCAUGGCAUUAAAGGUAGAUUGAAUAGAUUGCCUGCAGCUGGCAGUGGUGAUAUGGUUAUGGCAACAGUAAAAAAAGGCAAACCAGAACUUAGGAAAAGGUAA